UGCCAAGCCGUGCCGUGCCGAGCCGAGCCGUGCCGAGCCGUGCCCGAGGCCCUGCAGCCCGGUAGGGGCCGGGGGAGGCCGGGCCGCCCGGGCGCCCUCGAGGGCCGAGGUGCGAAAGCCCCUCCCGGCGGGGCAGGGGCAGGUGCGCGGCCCGGGGCGGGCGGCGGGCGGGCCCCCGGCAGCGAUGGAUUUCCGUGGCAAGAAGUACGAGCGCGGCAGUAACUGGUCGGACCCCGAGGUGGUGGAGCUGCUGCAGCUCUGGGCCGACGAGUCGGUGCAGAUAGAGCUGGAGAGCUGCCUGCGCAACCAGCACGUCUUCAACCGCAUCGCCGAGGUGCUGCGGGAGAAGGGCAUCCACCGCACGGGCGACCAGUGCCGGGAGAAGAUCAAGAAGAUGAAGCUGGAGUACCGGCGGAUCAAGGACAAUAGCAAGGCCCCGCGGGGCGGGCGGACGUGGAAGUUCUACGAGGUGAUGGACAGGGUGCUGACCAGCCGGCCGGCCCUGGCCUAUGGCUCCCUGAGCGGCAGCAUGAUGGCUCAGCAGGUGCUGCAGGGCAGCAUGGUGGAGAGCUACCACCACCAGUUCGCCUCCUCGGCCCUGCCCUUUGGGCACUCCCAGCACCCUGAGCUGAUGGAAAUCAAAUGUGAGGAGGUGAACUCUGAUGACCACAGCUUGACCCCAGAGCCCCCACAAGCCAUGCCUUACCAGCAGGGCUCCCCUGAAGAACAGGAGAUGGAGAGAGCCUUCUUGGAGAGGGCCCAGAACGACUCUCCCAUCUCCAGGGUGGAGAUUCCCAUUGAAACCAGUGUUUCACCUUCAGGUUUCAGUGAGCCAAACAUGGCAAACUCUUCACGGAUCCAGAAUGUUGUUCCCCGGCCUGGCUUCUCUGCCUUGCAUCGGCUGAGAAAAAAGCGGAAAGGCCAGCGCAUGAGGGACCCCCUGGAUGACCUCCUGCUGAAGACGCUGACAUCGCAGCGCGCCAUGGAAGAGCGCUUUUUGCAGAUGGAAGAGCGCCGAUUUCAGCGAGAUUUGGAUGCGGAGGAGCGUCGGAUGCAGCUGGAGCAGCGCCGGUUUGAACUGGAGCGGGAGCAUGAGUUUCGCAUGUUCAAUGUCUUUGCUCAAAUGCUCAGCAUCCUAAAGCAGAGCCAUAGUGGUUCCUCCUCCUCUGUUGCCAUGCCUCAGGGUUUGGACUUCAGCCAGGCACUGUCUGAAAUUGAGGGAAUGGGAGGAAGAGCGAGCAACCUUCAAGAGAUGAGGGUUCGGCCGCUUGCCAAGAGGAGGGUGGACAUGCACAGCUUCUGUAACCCCAAUGGCUUCCAGAGAAGCCCCUACCUCUCUGCUCGUGGCAACUUUGCCAACCUUUUUCAGGGCCCCACUGAGGAAGGGUACAAAGCCUAUCAUGCUGACAAGUAUGAUGAAGAAAAGAACCCCAAUGGUAUAAUAAACUUUGGCACCAGUGAGAACAAGCUCUGCUUUGACCUGAUGUCCAAGCGGCUGACACAGGCUGAUAUGAAUGUGAUGGACCCUUCACUGCUUCAGUAUCCUGACUGGAAAGGACAUCUGUUUUUACGGGAAGAAGUGGCUCGAUUUUUGACCUAUUACUGCAAGGCUCCUGCACCUCUUAAAGCAGACAAUGUGAUUGUUUUAAAUGGUUGUGGCUCUUUAUUUUCUGCAUUAGCUACAGUCCUUUGUGAUCCAGGGGAAGCUGUUCUGAUUGCUACUCCUUUUUACGGUGGUAUUACCCAGAGUAUCUUCCUCUAUGGCAAUGUCAAGCUGGUGUAUGUCUAUUUGGACAGUAAGAUUACUGGAACAAACACUCGGCCUUUUCAGCUUACAGUGGAAAAACUGGAAAAAGCCUUGCAGGAUGCCCGUGCAGAGGGUAUCACUGUAAGGGCCUUAAUUCUUCUGAAUCCCCAAAAUCCCCUUGGGGACAUUUACUCCUUGUCAGAGCUACGGGAUUAUCUGGAAUUUGCUAAAAGACAUGAAUUGCAUGUGAUAGUAGAUGAGAUCUACAUGUUGUCAGUUUUUGAUGAAUCAGCCACGUUUCACAGUGUCCUAGGCAUGGACAGAUUGCCUGAUCCACAGCGGACUCACGUGAUGUGGGGCAUAACCAAGGAUUUUGCUGUCUCUGGGAUUCGUUUUGGUACUUUAUAUACAGAGAACCAAGAUGUUGCUAAUGCAGUGGCUUCUUUGUGUUAUUUCCAUGGAGUUUGUGGACCUGUCCAGCACAAGGUUGCACAGCUACUUAGAGACAGAGACUGGAUCAACCAGGUGUACCUGAGGGCCAACCAUGCCCGCCUAAAAGCUGCCCAUACAUAUGUGACAGAUGAGCUGAAGACACUUGGGGUUCCUUUUCUCAACCGCAACGCAGGCUUCUUUGUCUGGAUUGACUUCCGAAAGUACCUUAAGACGGGCACAUUUGAGGAGGAGUUGCUGCUCUGGAAGCGUUUUCUGGAUAAUAAGGUCCUCCUGUCCUGCGGGAAAGCCUUUGAGUGCAGUGAACCUGGAUGGUUCCGCAUCAUUUUUGCUGACAAGACCCACCGGCUGCAGUUAGGUAUGCAACGGAUACGCAAAGUUUUGGAAGAGCGUGAGCAGGAGAUACUGGCUGAGGAGAAGGAGCAGCCUUGUCAAUCAGAUCAGGAUGGCAAAGCAGAUAGCACAGAUGAAGUCAUUUUUGUAUCCCGCCACCAGGACCCUACCUGUGGCAGUAACUCCAGCCUUGGUGACCUCAUUGGCCUCUUGCAGCAACAGAUGCGUUCAUCUGACUGGCUACAGAAAAAUACGGCUGAGCAGUUUGCCCAGGAAAAGCCAGAGGUCUAUGAUGUGUUCAGCAAACUGGUGGGGAAGCAAUAGGGGUCAGUGUGCCUUCAGGGGCAUUCCUGAGCAGUGACUGACUCUGCGUCCCUAACAACUCAGCAGUGACUUCCAGCAAAUGAUAUAUUUUCUGUAUAGCAAGAAAAUUACUUUGUAGGCCCCGUCCUCUCCCCCCUGUUUGAGAUCUCUAAUUUGUACUAUAUAGGUGUGUUUCCUUGGAUUGGGGUGAGGGUAGGGAAUGGAGGCGGGGUGUCUUGUUUGUGUGCUGCUCUCUGUUCUGCAGCAUCAUUGUAUUUUAUAUUUAAUUUCUAAUGAAUAUGCUCUUAACACUCUUACAAGGUCCUGUGGUGUAAUUUAUUGCUCUUCACACUUUACAAGAAGAGACUUUAGUUUGUUAGUUAACUGAACUUUCCCUUUUCUUAAAUGAUGAUCAGAUGUAACUAUUUUGGGGCCAGCUGUCUCAAAGAGAUAUUUUUGGGAGAGAGAAUCUAGAAUCAGCUCUAACUUAGCCCCACUUAAGGGUAAAAUAAGCAUGUGCAUGGAUUCAUCUUCAUGACUGAGGCUCUUAGGAUGACGGUUAUCUAGACUGAGUUCUGUAAAUCUUUUUGUUUUCAGUUGGUUUACAGUCUGACCUCAGAUCAGACAGUAUCCACCGUGCUCAGUUGGUGAAAUGCCUGAUUUUGUUUCUAUUCUUCUUUUUUAUUUUCAUAUAAAUAAACUACAUCCAUUGGCCUCUUGGCAAAAUGUUCAGAAAAUAGCUACAAAUAGAGAGGCAAUAGAAAGUAGAUGUUCUUUUUUGCAUUUUUUCUAUUCCUGGAAAUCCAUCCCUUGUGGUUAACAGUGAUGUAUAUUGGCAAAAAGAGUGCAGAGAAUUCUUCUGCCACUGUGCUUGGUGUACCUGCAGGUACAGCUGCUUCUGUCACCUACCUCAGGCAUCCAAGGAGGCACUUUCCACCAUUAUCACAAUAAUUAAUGCAACUUUUUUUUCUGUGUUUCUCAAUUUGCAGGGUAAUUUUUUUGACUAAAUGGUAUUCUUCUGUCUCCUUCUCUUUCCCAUUUUAAGACACUGUUUUCUGUCUGCUGGUGGUAGAGUAUUUCAACUGGAAAGUUUCUUUCACAGAUACAAAGCUCUUUAACUUCUGGUACUGUAAAAUGUAGGUAUCCUAAAGGAAUUGGAUCUGGUUUUUCUGCACACAUGUUAAUUGAGAGCUGAGGGCAUUGCCCAUGGAACUUGAAUAGAAGUGCACCUUUCCCCUCCUCAUAAAUUUUGGUGGAUGGACAUGAGUGACAAAAGCAUGUCUGCAUCAUAAACCAAAUUAGAGAAGCAUAGGCAACAAAUAAUUAAAGCAACCACAAUUUGCUGUGUGGUGGUGGCAGGGAACUGCUUGGACAGUGAGCAGGAAAGUCUGAGCAGUGGCUGAAGAAAAGAUGCUGCUGCUUGUGGCUGCUGUGAGUAGUAAGCAGUUCCUCCCUCAGAGGCCAGUGAUGAAGCAGGAUUGGUGAGGUGAUUGGUAAGAUCAGUACAAGGAAUAGUUAUAAACAUAGUAUUUGCUUACUGGUUUGGCAUUUGUCCAUGGACUAUAUUUUAAACUCCACAAAGAAAGCUAUAGCAUAAGACAUGACUCCUUAAUGGAAUGGAAGGUGAGAUGUACAAAAUACAAAUGGACUUCCUGAUUUUCCCCCUUAUUUAUGCACCCCAAGGAGGACCUGAGCAAGCUCUUUGAAAUCAAGAACCAGGUAAGACAUUAGUUAAAGUAAUAUUUUAGGGCAUCCUUAUAAUAAAUUCAACCCAUUAAUUACUUCUAAUUUUAUUUUGUUCUAAUCACUCUUACAGUUGGAGUAUAUGAAUAUAAAAUAGUAACAAUUAAUAAAAUAUUUUUUGCCCAUAUAUAUUUACUGCUCAGAAACCAGGUUUAUUGUACUGUCUCUGUGUCGAUUCAGCUAGUAAAGCACACCUCUGCAGGAAAGAGGAUGUAAUUUGCUUUCAGAAUCCUCACAGAUAGUAUGGUAUAGCCCACAGUCACAUCUGAGCUUGUAGCUCAACAGAAAAUGCGCACGUGCGCGCACACACGCGCACACACACACAGAUGCACACACACACUUUAUUGCUUGGAGUAUUUUCUAUUUUUUUUCAAGUUAAACACCUGACUGAGGACCUCUCCACUGAGGAAUAUUAGCUUUGUCACAGAAAAUAAAAAUUUAACUGGAAAUGAGGCAAGAGAGAAAAAUGAUAAUGAGUUUGCUAUUGGAAAAAACAGUGGGGUUUUUGGACUGUGAAAGCCCCAUAAAUUUUGUAAAUAGCCUUAACUGGUUUACAAGAAAUUAUAAACAUGCAGAAAGUCCUAUGCAUAUAGAAGCUAAAUCAAUUCCUAUUUGCUCUAAGAAUACCCCUGAGAGGAAAAGCAGAGGUUCUGCCUAUACAAAUUGUUUGUUCUUUCUGCUACCUUCAUGUUAGAUGUUUCCUCUGCUUGAUGUAUCUCAUAGUUCUCAUUAAUGGCCUUUUCUUUUUCUAUGUGGCGUAUCUCUACAGGCAAAAAUGUAGAGAAAAAUUAAGAACUCUCCUAUGCUGUCCCUGCCCUCAUGUUUCUUUUGACCUGUUUGUCAAGCAAUAGGCAAACAGUGCAGCACCUUAAAUGAAGUCAGUCAGAUCUGUGUUUUUAAAACUGCUGCAUUUCAUCUAGAAUAAGAAAUGCCAUUCAAAACGAGUAUAACACUGUGCAUUCAUUUCUUGUAAUCAUUGUAAUCAUACAAGAUGAUAAAACCUACUUUGCACACAAUUUUUAUGUUCCAAUUAUCAUUCAUUUGAACACAGAAAGGAUCCUAGAUGGUUUCAUGGUCCUUGCCAUGUUCUAGUCACUCUCUCUGUCCCCCUCCCUCUCUGUCCCCCCACUCCCCUUUUUACCCCCUCUCCCAUUCUGUGUGUCUUCUCCAGAGAAAUGUUCAGCACUUUCAGGGUAUAGGUGGGAAUUUCCUGUGCAGCACAGCUCUUGGUCACAGAAACUUCCAUAACAUACUUUUCAGGCAUAUACUUGACAUAUUCAUGUUUGUGGGAAGGAAAAAUCUGUGAAUCUCCAAAUUAUUAACCUGUGUAACAUUGCAGUUAAGCCCCACAACAUAAGUGGGGCCCAGUCUUGAUAAGUAUUUAUGAAGACUCAUUCAUACUUUAAGAAAGAAUCUGUGAAGAUGAGUUUUCCCUUACAGAAAUUCAAUAGGUUCUAAUCAAAAUAUUUGUAAGAGAAAAUAUUCACUGAUAACUUAAAGAGUUUUCCACCUUAGCUGAAGAGGGCCAGUUGCUCAAAUGUACUCAAAUAACAAAUGUAUUAAUGUUAAUACCUUAAUUGUUGUCUUUCUCCCUUGGAACAUCCAACAGGUCAUGCAGUUGGGCUGACUGCUGUGUGUUUCCCCCAUCCCCAUAACAGUUUCUUGAAACCUGCCUUGUGGUCAAAUGAGCAUUUAUAUUGAUACCUUCUCUGCAGUCCUCCUCCAGUUACUUGGUUACAGAAUCCCUCAGUUGCUCUCAUCCUGCUGGCAGAGUGGUGGUUUCAUUUCAUCAGACAGAUAGUGGCACACAGAGGCUCAAUGAUAAAAAAUCGUCUCAUGGAGGGAGCUACAUAAAUCACACCCCUAAAAAUUUCUGCAUCUGAGAUAUCAGGCAUACAAAACUGCUUUUGCACUUUUAAUUACAUACGCAGCUAUUUUUUUUAAGAUUGGCUGACCUAACAAGAGAUUGUUUUCAUUAUUUCUGAAGCAAUUCAGACCACAUCACGAAGAAUAGGGCAAGGUAACCUACAAGGAUUAUAUACAAAAAUAUAUGUGUUCCAUCUGAGAAAAUCAGAGUGGCAAGAUAGAUUCGUUUUCCAUUCCAAUUAAUGCUUUAUUUAUUACUGACUUACAUAAAACACUGGCAACUGACUGAUGACAAGAUCCUAGAUUAGCUGCAGCCAACAAAUGUACUGAAGAGUCUGAGGAGGUUAUAAAUACUCUACUUUUUGUCCUCAGUUUGCCAGGAUUGGUUAUUUUUAGCAAAUAGCCAGUCGACCUUAUCAAAAUGAAGAAUCAAAAAUAGUCUGGAAAAACACUGCAAGGAAAGGCUAUUUUUAGCUCUCCAUCUAUUCCCUGCUGCUAUCCAGCAAGGUCUGAUGGCACAGCUCAUGCACGACUGCUUAGUUAUUCUAGGCGAAUGCUUGUUAUGACCUGUCCUUUCCCUGGAUGCCUCAGUGCAGAAGGCAUUCAAUUGAUUAAAGAUUAAUGCCCCUGCAGACCAUGACAGCUGAAAGCUUUAGGGAGGGGGAACACACACUGACAGAUUGUUUCUAUCUGCAUCUUUCUGCCAGAUUAAUAGUUUCUUUGAAGGGAACUCUUGCCUAACUGAGUUUCCUUGUGUUUCGUGUUCCUCAGUGGGAGUUACUGCAGCACUCCUUUUAAGUAUAUUUACACUUCUUUUUCCUUCCAGUUCAGGAAGGCAAUAGAGAAAGUAAGAGUUACAGACAUAAAUUAAAUCACAGUUUUGACCAGUACCAUCCAUCACAAACCAGUAGCACUGGAAAUGGGCAAUGGACUGGAUCAAGAGAGAAAACCAUGCAAUUGGCUGCUAGAUAGUUUAUUGAUCAGACUAGUUAGAAACUUCACUGAUAUAAGUGAGGGUACCAUUUGGUUUUAAGACUUAAACCAGAAGAGAGAACCACCAAACCAAGGACCUGACUGCUACAAUAUCAUUCUUUCUCUUAUAAUAGAAAGUCUUUAAUUUAGUUCAGGACCUUAUAUAUUGGCAGUAGCCAACAACAAAUUUUUCUGAAGAAUAAACUGAGCUAUGAGUUUUUAGUUAUGCUAUGCCAUAGGUGGAAAAUAAGGUUGAAAAGACGUCCUCAAA